CUUCAGAGAGAGGUGAUAGUAGAAGUGGACCCCACAGCCUCUAGCAGAACAUGUGUCUCAACACAAAGCACCUUACUACAGCACCUGGGAUGGACACAGCGUGCUCAACCACCAAGAAACUCAAGGUUCUCCUCUUGUUGCUACUCGUCUCUCAUCUGGCCUGUGACGCUCAGGAGGUUGCCAACUCUUGCAGACAGAAAUCCCACUCCUGCCGUCUUUACGUCCUGCUCUGUCGCUCAGGUAAUGGGACGGGGACGGGGACAAGGGGACCCCUCACCGAUGACGCAGCCGCUGGAAUCCUCACACUCAGUAAACGGAAAGAAACUGAUGAACGUCGCUUCCAGAGCCGGUUGAGUCAGCUACUCCACGGGUCACGGAACCAAGCGGCGGGAAUCUUGACGAUGGGGAAGAGGACCGAAGACACAGCAGAACCGCUCAUGCGCUUGUUUCCCAUUUUAGAGACGGACCUCACUAUCACAGCCCAAUUGGUUUUACAACUACCAUUCAAGUGACUCAUCUGGAAAACAUCAAUGUUGAUGCAUCAUUUUUGAGGGACUGCGUCAAACAUGGACUAAUGAAAAAUAUAUGAAAACAUGGGUUUUGGGUAAAAUGUUCCUUUAAGAUUUUAUUUGUUUGUGGAGUAGAUGUUAGUAAUUUUGUUAGUAAUGUUGUAAAUAUUGUAUAUGAUCUCACUGGUGUAAUAAAUGUGAUAAUGUUCACAUGUAGCACAUAUGUAUUUGCUUCCCUGGUGUCUCUGUAUUUUAGGUGAUGGGAAAGUAAAUAUGAAGAAAGUGACUGUCAUGAGGGUUGAGUCAUCUAGUUGUGUCUAUGUUAUGGCAUCACAUCACUGGCAUCACGGUCAGACAACCCCAAUAACCCCAACCAGCCCAAAUCAUCAACCCCUCAAUCAGCCAUGAGCACAUGUCUGGAUGGGUAGGUGUGUUUGUUCAAGUGAGUGUAUGUACCAGAAAAGUACGUUUCCCAGAAAUACCUUGGUUUCUGUGAAAGCUGGAGGUCUGCUGUAUUUUCUCUCAUUCAUUCUAACCUGCCCUCCCUCUCCAAACUGACUCCAUGAUUCUUUCUCUUUUACAACUUUUCUCAUGGGGGCAGCAUGGAGCUGCUUCAAGGCUCAAGUCUGUAUGGAUAUCUGUGUUACUCAGAGGCCACAUAUUGUAGUCUGUUGUAAAGCCAAAGAUCUAGGUCAAGACCCACUGUGUUUCUCCAUCAUUGCAUUACAUUCUCUUGCCACAUUUUUUGUCCCUCUCUUCUCACCUUGUAUCUUCUAAAUGUUUGUACUUUAUAUAUCGGUAAUAACUGAAAAACAGCAUUGUAACCAUUAUAAUGGAAGUAAAGUCUCAGGCUAUU